AUGACAUUCUUACGAGAUAACGUCCUCCUCCAACGCAAUCUUUCCCAUGAUGACAUCAAGCACAAUAUCGGGUACUGGGGCAUCUCGCCGGGCACCACCUUGCUCUAUGCACAUAUUAGCCUCGUGAUUCAAAAGUAUGACCAGCACAUUAUCUGCCUGAUGGGCCCCAAAGAGGGCAUGCCGGCUGUUCUGGCAUGCCUGUGGUUAGAAGGUUCCUUGGAGCGUUUCUAUCCGCAGUACAGCCGAGACCGAGAAGGCCUCGAAAACCUCAUCACCGGAUUCGGCGUUCCCGGAGGCUUUCCGAGCCAUCUCAACGCCAGGAUCCCUGGCACUAUCCAUCAAAAUGAGGAACUAGGUCAUGUCCUCUCCAUGGCCUACGGAACCGUGAUGGACAAUCCCGAUUUGGUCACCGUUGCAGUCAUUGGAGAUGGCGAGGCCGAAACAGGACCGACCGCUACUGCCUGGCAUAUGUGUAGGUAUAUCGAUCCAAACACGUCGGGGGCGGUGAUACCCAUCCUCUACCUCAACUGUUAUAAUGGCAAUGGCAAUGGCAACAGUAAGACCAUUUUCGGAUCCAUGGAGAAUUCAGAGCUCUGUUGCCUCUUCUCCGGCUACGGCUAUCAGCCCACCAUCGUCGAUGAUAUCCAGGACAUCGACCGAGAACUCAGCAUGGCCUUGUCCUGGGCGCUGGAGACGAUCCGAGACAUUCAACUCGCCGCCAAAUCCGGCGACCGUAGUCUCAAGCCCAGAUGGCCGAUGAUCAUCCUCCGAGUGCCGCAGGGCUGGGGUUAUCCUCGGCUGACGAAUGAGGAGAGCGAAUCCAACACUAGGCUGGCCGGUUCCGGCUCCUUCCACGGCCACCAAGUGCUUCUCCCACAGGCGAAAUUCAACCCAGGCCAGCUGCGGCAGCUCCAGGAGUGGCUGGCCUCCUACAAGCCCGCCGAGAUCCUGGCUGGUGGGAAAGUGCCGGAGUCGAUUCAGGCCAUUUUCCCGGCCGACGACCGACUCAAGCUCGGGCAAAACAAAGUCACCUGGGAUUCUCGACGCCACCUCAAUGUGCCUGAGUGGCGACACUUCGCCGUGGCCCCCGGGAACGACUACAGCUGCCUGAAGGCGGGGGCGUCAUACCUACACGAGGCGUUGGCCCGGAACAAAGAUUCGUUGCGGAUAUUCUCGCCGGAUGGAGUGCUGAGUUGUCAGCUGCUCGACCCCCUUUCCGAACGGACAUCUCGGGCCUUCCGCUGGGACGACGACAAUGUGAACCAGAGUGGACAGGUGGUUGAAUUCAUGUCUGAGCAUGCUUGUCAAGGAUUAUUACAAGGCUACACCAUGACGGGGCGCACGGGGAUUUUCGCCGCCGACGAGGGUCUGUUCCUCAUAAUUGCGACCAUGGUGACCCAGUACAGCAAGUUCCUCCGGCUUCUCAAAGACACGCCAUGGCGCAAAGACGUGAACAGCCUGACCUACAUAUCGACCGGCACAUGGACCCAUCCCGAGUCGACCGGGCCGUCGCAUCAAAGCCCCGGCUUCAUCGGCGCUGUUCUUAACCUGCGCCCGGCCAUCGCGCGAGUCUACCUCCCCCCGGACGCCAACACUUUUCUCUCCACGCUGGCCCACUGCCUCCGGUCGAAGAACUACAUCAACCUGAUCGUGGCGUCCGGAUCAUGCUCAGGCUCAGGCUCAGGGUCACGGCACGGCAGCCCGGUCUGGCUCAGUCCGGACCAAGCAGACACGCACACCCAGGCUGGUGGCAGCGUGUGGAAAUUUGCCAGCACCAACGACGGCAUCGAUCCGGACGUCGUGCUGGUGGGAGUAGGGGCCGCCGUCACGUUCGAAAUCGUCGCCGCGGCCGCGUAUUUGCGGACCCUGGCUCCAUCGCUGGCACUGCGGGUGGUCAAUGUCAUGGACCUGAUGAUCCUCGGCCAUGCGGAUGAAGGUUCGCAGCCGGAGCCGCAUCCGCACGCACUGAGUCCUGUCGAUUUCGAUGUCCUGUUCACCCCGGAUCGUCAUAUCCAUUUCAACUAUCAUGGCUACGCGAAUGAGCUCCAGGGCUUGCUGUUUGGGAGACCCCGGCUCGAUCGGAUCACGAUUUCCAGCUUCCAGGGUGAAUAUACGACCACAGACAUGGCCGCUGCCACCGCCGCUCCCACGACCCCGUUUGGAAUGUUGCUGAAGAACGGCUGCAGUCGGUACCAUGUCGCUGAAGCCGCUGUCCGCGGGGCGGCAAGGUACAAUCCACAUGUCGCGGUCGACCUGCAGAAGCUGGUGGCCCAGAUUCAGCAUGAACGGACCAAGGUGGAACAGUUCAUUGACGAAAACGGCGUCGAUCCAGACGGCAUGUUUAAUACCCCGAAAAUCAAAACGGGUUGUGACCGUGCUCACUCACAUUCUCACUCUCACUCUCAUUCUCGCCACGAACCAGAUCCAGAUCCAGGUCCAGGAUCCGAAGUGGGCGGAGGAGAGGACUGGGAAUCCCACGAUCGGAAGUUCAAUCUUCCCAGCGACAACGUACUGUAG